GGAACUGCUGAUCCGGGAGAAGAAGUCCUCAGACCCUUGUAGUGUGACAGCUUGGAGCCGCCCGUCCGACAAGAGUUCCAUGAUCGGGUCAAAGCGCCGAUUGCGGUUGAUAAAAUCCAAUGUUGGCUUUUUGCUACUGAACCUCUUCAUUUUCAGACAAGCUACAUUCGCAUUCGUAAUAGCGGCACGGAGUUUCCGAUGAUCUUCCAGUGUCAUUUCCCACCACAGCUUUACAGUCAGUUCAUGGAUCCUUCGUGCUUUGACCAGUGCCUCGUAGAACUGCUUUGCCUGGGGAGCGGAUAUCAGAUUGAUCUUGACCUUGCCCUGCUCCUCAAUAAAAGUACCAAAGUUGACUUCCACUACAUCUCUCAGUUGCUGCACUGCCGACUCUCGAUAGUUCUCACGGUAGUGAUCGAUGCACACCCAUUUGACGUGUCCUUCCUCAGUGACAAUCCGGUACAGAUUACCUAGAGCGCGACCCUCAUCCUGGACCUUCAGAUACGACUCCAGCUGUCGAAGAUCUGCUCCCUCCAGGACAUCAAGUUUGUCCACCCUCGUCUGUUCUUCAGCUGCAUCUACCCCACUCUUGUUAUUUUGCUGCUGGUCCUCAAUGAAGUUGAUCGUGCUGUCUACCAAUGGCCCAAGAUUCUCUUUCACAAACUUGAGCCGCCCCUCGACCGCCUCGACUCCCUCUGCAAUCUUGAAAUGUGCCAGCGAUGGCACAACAACCCCGGCAAUUGUAAUCCCAUACUUGAUCAUCUGCAUCAGCGUCAGGACAUAGGACCCGUACUUCUCAAAGAACUCGUUUGGGCGGCUCAGGUCGUAUCCCUCGUGUUUGGCCAGGUGGAUCUCGUGCGGUAUCUUGGUUCCCUCGGACAUGGUGUGAGAGCCGCAUUCGCACAAGAAAUAAAGACGAUACUGGUCUGAGAAGGGAUUGAGCAACUUGUCGCGACGUCUUGAUGCCUUUGGAAGAACAAUGAAGAGUCGUGGAAUAGGAUACUCGUGGAGUUCAUAGGUCUGUGUAAGGACGGCCUGGACACGGCUUUGGAUGAUGGCUAAGCGAUCGAGGGCCUGUUGUUGCAUCUGGAGCAUUUGCUCCUGAUUCUCCAGCAACUGCUGCUGUGCUUCCAACAGCUGCUUUUGUGCGAUCCUGUCCUUCUCGUUCAUCUGCUGUUGCAUCUGGAGCAUUUGCUCCUGCUUCUCGUCCAUCUGCUGCUGU